CUGGUCGGUGGAUCUAACGAAGCUGAAGGGAGAGUAGAGGUACUGCAUGAUGGAUCAUGGGGUACUAUCUGCGAUGACUGGUGGGAUCUUAGCGACGCCAGGGUGGUUUGCAGGAUGCUUGGGUUGGAUGGAGCCUUGGAGGCAUCGGGAUCUGCUAGGUUUGGCCAGGGUUCCGGGCAAAUCCUUCUGACUCAGGUUGCAUGUUAUGGAACUGAAGACAACCUCGCAGACUGUAUUCAUCGAUGUUUUGGAGACUGGAGUUACUGCGGUCAUGACAGGGAUGCAUGUGCUGUUUGUUACUCAGGAGACCCAUUACAAGUUCGCCUUGCUGGUGGGUCAAACGAUGCUGAAGGGAGAGUAGAAGUUAUGCAUGAUGGAUCCUGGGGAAUCAUAUGUGAUUAUGGCUGGGAUCUGAGAGACGCCAGUGUGGUUUGCAGGAUGCUUGGGUACGAUGGAGCCUUGAAAGCAUCGAGAACUGCUAGGUUUGGUCGGGGCUCUGGUCGCAUUCUUCUAAAUUAUGUCAACUGUGAAGGAACUGAAGACAACCUAGCAGACUGUGCUCAUCCAGGGAUUGGACGUUACACUAACUUAUGUACCCAUUCGAGGGAUGCAGGAGCUGUAUGCUACUCAGGAAGUAUGAUGUUCACCUUUUCUCUCUCUAUAUCUCUCUUUCUCUCUUCAAAUCCAGACCCAUUACAAGUUCGCCUUGCUGGAGGAUCAAACGAAGCUGAAGGCAGAGUAGAGGUACUACAUGACGGAUCUUGGGGUACUAUCUGUGAUGACUGGUGGGAUCUUAGAGACGCCAGGGUGGUUUGUAGGAUGCUUGGAUUUGAUGGAGCCUUGGAGGCCCCGAGAUCUGCGAGGUUUGGUCAAGGCUCCGGUCGCGUUCUGCUGAUGUAUGUAAACUGUGAAGGAACUGAAGACAACCUAGCAGACUGUGCUCAUGCAGGGAUUGGUCGUUACUCAUGUAGUCAUGCAAGAGAUGCAGGAGCCAUUUGUUAUUCUGGAGCAAACCCAAACCCAUUCAAAGUUCGCCUUGCCGGUGGUUCAAACGGAGAUGAAGGCAGAGUAGAGAUCAUGCAUGACGGAUCAUGGGGAACCAUAUGUGAUCAUGACUGGGAUUUUAGAGACGCCAGGGUGGUUUGUACGAUGCUUGGGUUUGAUGGAGCCUUGGAGGCACCGAUAUCUGCAAGGUUUGGCCAAGGUUCCGGUCGCGUUCUUCUAACGUUUGUCAACUGUGAAGGAACUGAAGACAACCUAGCCGACUGUGCUCAUGCAGGGAUCGGACAUUACUCAUGCAGCCAUUCGAGGGAUGCAGGAGCCGUGUGUUACUCAGAAGGUAGGUUUUACCCAUUCAGCAUUCGCCUAAUCAACGGCACCAACGAUUCGGAAGGCAGAGUGAAGGUACUGUACAAAGGAGGAAUGGGAACAAUAUGCGAUGAUAACUGGGAUCUUCUAGAUGCAAGAGUCGUUUGUAACAUGCUUGGAUUUGAUGGGGCUUUAGCCACACCAGGUAGAGCUACCUUUGGGGCUGGAAGCGGCAAAAUCUUGCUUGAUGACGUUGAUUGCAAAGGGACAGAGGAUUCCCUUGCUGACUGUUUCCAUCGAGGACUUGGAGUCAACAACUGCAACCAUGACAGUGAUGCUGGUGUUGUUUGCUUUAGAAGAGGUCAUUCAUCUCAAAUCCAAGUACGGCUGGUCGGCGGAGGAAAUGAUGCCGAAGGCACGGUAAAUGUUAUGCUCAAUGGAUCUUGGGGAACUGUUUGCGACUUUAACUGGGAUCUGCGUGACGCCAGGGUGGUUUGUAGAAUGUUAGGGUUUGGUGGAGCUUUGGAAGCACCGAGAUCUGCAAGGUUUGGUCAGGGUUCUGGACGCAUUCUUCUAAACUGGGUCGAAUGCGAUGGAUCAGAAGACACUCUUGCAGACUGCAUUCACCCAGGAAUUGGAGAUUACAGUUACUGUGGUCAUAACAAAGAUGCAGGAGUCGUGUGCUUCCUUGGAGUUCGACUUGCAGAUGGAGCCAGCGAAAAUGAAGGAAGGGUAGAGAUUCUGGUGGAAGGGUCUUGGGGAACUGUGUGUGAUGAUUUGUGGGACCUGGAUGAUGCUACCGUUGUGUGCAGACACUUAGGAUUUGUGGGAGCUUUGGCUGCUUUACCCCAGGCUUACUUUGGUGAGGGUUCUGGGGAUAUCUUGUUGGAUGGUGUUCAGUGCAAUGGAUCAGAAGCCAACCUCAAGGACUGUAAACACAAGGGAAUAGGUGUACAUAAUUGUGCACAUAAAGAGGAUGCCGGCGUCAUAUGCAGAGAUACAGGUAACUUAAAACUGUGGCUGACACUGAGUUACUAA